AGCAAUCUGCUCAGGACCAAGCCAUCCAACCUAUCUUUAGCCUCUGUGAGCAAGUGAAUGGAGAUCCUGACUUAUCCUCACGUCUGUCAUCAAUGCUGCCAGUAUUUUUAGGGGACAGCAGCAGCUGCAAAAGCAUUUAACGGUCUUCUACGAACAAUGACACUAGGGGUGUCUCAAGACUAAACGCCACAGAGAUUGAGGGACUGCUGGAGUAUUCAAAGAAAAGCUUUCUGAUGAAGCUAAAAUCAUCUUAAAAGGGGCAUGUAACGCUUUGGCAAAAUGUGCAGGUGACACUGACUAGAUGUUAAUGAGAAGGACAUACCGAAACAAACUUACCGAAGUGGAAAAGGAAUAUUUUGUUUAUUUUUAUUUUUUAAACCUACAACUGGAAGUGAGAGCCAGUGAAGCAGGAGAAGCUGGUUGGCCUGGAAUCUAUAUUGACAGUUGUCUCUAAGGACUGAAGAGAGUGCCUUGAUAAAGAGCUGGACAACAAAAUUCUUCCAGAGUAAUAAAGAGACUGAAUGCCUGUAGCCUGUCAGCCUGAGUGGAGGUUGGCAAGUGAGCAGGGAUGGAUGUGUUUGGUGGAGCGCCACGGUUCCUGGCCUACCCUCGUCCUGUGGUAGUACAAAGUGGCACAGAUGCAGUUCUAAAAUGCCAGAUUGGCGGGGAUCCCAGACCAGCAGUUAUAUGGGAGAGAAACAAUGAGAAAAUUCACCCAGAGGACAGAUACCGGGUGUUUGAGGAUGGAAAUGUCUACAACCUUAUCAUAACCUCUGUGACAGUGGAGGACAGUGGACAAUACAUCUGUAAGGCCAAGAACUGCAUUGGAGAGACUUACGCCGCAGCCACUUUGAAAGUAGAAGGUGAAGCACAGGAGAUGGAGUUUCGGGAGGAAAACAAGCCACGCUUCCUCAUCAAGCCCCUCUCAACUAGAGUUGGACGAGGAGAGGAUGCUGUGUUCUCCUGUAAGCUGUGGGGAAACCCCAGACCAGAAGUGAUGUGGGAGAAGGAUGGCAAGAAGUUAAAUGAGAUCUUUGAAAGCACACAUUUCACCAUCAGCUAUCAGGAUGGAGGAUGGUUCCAACUAAAGAUUUUCAAGACAAGAGCACCAGAUGGAGGGGUGUACACUUGUAAGGCCAGGAAUGAAUUUGGAGAGAGUCUGGCAGGGGCUGUGCUAUUGGUGGAUGCUGGACCAGGACAUGAGGAUGAAGGGAACCGUAACGGUUACACUAACGGCCACUGGAAAGCACAUCAGGGAAAACAGAGAAGUAGUAGGCAAGUUGCAACACGGCUGAAAGAUGAUCCACUGCCAAACUCAGCCAAAGUAAAAAUGUUUGCAGUGACAGAAGGGAAACAUGCAAAGUUUCGAUGCUAUGUAACAGGGAAGCCAAAACCUGAAAUAUUAUGGAGAAAAGAUGGGAGACUUAUCUUAUCUGGCAGACGGUAUCUUUUGUAUGAAGACAGAGAGGGUUACUUCACACUUAAAGUUCUCUACUGCAAACAACAGGACAAUGGAGUUUAUGUCUGUUCUGCCUCAAACACUGCAGGACAAACCCUGAGUGUGGUACACCUUAUAGUCAAAGAGCCACCUAUCCGAUUUAAGCAACCACUGAAUGACUUGCAAGUAUGGGAGAGAGACUUAGCUGUUCUUGAGUGUGAAGUUCCUGAGGACUCUGUUCCAAUCACAUGGUACUUAGAAGACAGGCGACUACAACCUGGAGCCAAAUAUGGGAUGGAGGAGUGGGGGACAAUGCGGCGACUCACAAUUCGUGAUAUUGGGGUUGAUGAUGAUGGGAUAUAUCUAUGUGAAAUGGCUGAUGGGGGCAGAAGCAUUGCUGAGGUAGCAGUCAAAGGAACCAUUGUAAGAAAGCUGCCACGAAAAGUUGAUGUUCUGGAAGGGGAAAAUGCAGCCUUCUGUGUGGAAGUGGAGGAGGGAGAAAUGGACAUUCAUUGGUACAAAGAUGGAACAGAGCUAAGGGAGACCCAUCAGACCAUUGUCAAAUCCUUUGGAAGGACACACAUCUUGGUCUUUGUCAACACCACACCACAAGACUCUGGUUUGGUCAUGUUCUAUGUGGGUAGAUCGAAGACGUCAUCUCAGCUAAGGGUGAAAGCUGCAAGGCACUGUCCACCAAGUUGUCCUAUUGGGGUACAGAUAAACACAGAGCGAGCGAAUGCAGCUCUCCUGUCCUGGUUUCCUGCACAAGACUCUCGAAAGAAUCCACCUUCAGGGUAUAUUAUUGAAAGACAAGAAGUUGGCUCACAGGAGUGGCUGCAAUGUUUAACCACAGACUCUGUAACCUCAGUGGAGAUUCUUGGCGACAGCGUUCCAUGCGAGGCAGACUACAGAUUUCGGAUAUGCAGUGUCAACAAGUAUGGAAGGAGUGGAAAUGUAGAGUUCCCUCGAGCAGUUCAUCUUGUUCCAGUUGCCAGAAUCCAAGCCCCUCUACAAGAUGCUUUAGUGCCAGAGGGCCAAGAUGCCUGCUUUACCAUUGAGCUGUCUGCCUCAGUUAUAGGCACUUGGUUCUUAAACGGAAAUCAGCUUCAAGACGAUGAACGUUUCUCCAUAAGGCGUUCGCGUACACACCAGUCCCUACGCAUUCGUGGGGUACGGGACACAGAAAAUGGAGCAGAGAUCACCUUCAUUGCCUAUGGAAUUCGAGAUUCUGCUGCUUUGUACAUACAAGCUCCACUGGUAAAAUUCACUCCACUUUCUGAAAUGGAUCGAAACAAAUUUGUGGAGGUUGGCAACCCUAUAGUGCUCUACUGUGAGCUCUCAGACCCUGAGACUCCAGUUCGUUGGUAUAAGAAUGGUGUUGAACUUCAUACAAUGGAAGGUCUGCACAUCCAAUCAGAAGGAACAAUGAGGAGGAUUGUCAUCCAAUCAGCUGAUUUCUCCCACUCAGGAGUUUAUAGUUGUGAUGCUAUUGAUGACGUCAUCAGGUUUAACGUGGAGGUUGAGGCCCCACCAGUGAGGUUCUUAGUCCUUCCGGAGGAUGAUAGGAACAAGUCCAUUGAAGCAGGCUCACCGAUAGCACUGCAAUGUGAGCUCUCAGAUCCACUCGCCCAGGUCUCCUGGUAUAAAGAUGGUGUGAAACUUUUACCACAAAGUGGACUAGACUUCAAAUCCAAGGGCACAAAGAGGCAACUGAUUGUCCAGGCAGCUGAAUUUUACCAUUCAGGGGGGUACAGCUGCAAGACAAGGGGUAAUGCUGUCCACUUCAAUGUGGAAGUUAAAGCCCCACCUGUGAGGUUCUCUGCUGUCCCUGAGGUUAAGAGGAGAAAGUGCAUUGAAGCAGGCUGCCCCAUUGUUCUGCAGUGUGAGGUUUCAGACUCUACUGCACAGGUCCAGUGGUACAAAGAUGGAGAUCAGCUCCUUGUAGAAUCUGGAGUAGACUUCAACUCAGAUGACUGUAUGAGAACACUCAGUAUUCAAUCAGCACACCCGUCUCAUGCCGGUGUGUACAGCUGCACAACAAAGGAUGAUGUCAUCAAGUUUCAUGUGGAGAUAAGAGCUGUACCGGUGAGGUUCUCAGCUGUUCCUGAAGCUGAGAAGAAUAAAUGCAUGGAAGCUGGUGGACACUUUGAACUCCUCUGUAAGGUCUCAGACUCUACAUCCCAAGUCAGCUGGUUCCACAACAAUAUGCAGCUUCAGCUAGAGAGUGGUUUGGACAUUCAGUCAGAGGGAGAUGUAAGGACUCUGGUAGUCAAUCCAGCUGAACCCACUCAUUCUGGAUUGUGCCACUGUGAAUCAUCUGAUGACUCUGUCCCGUUCCCUGUGGAUAUCAAAGACCCACCAGUGAUGUUCUCAGCAUUACAAGACAGCGUGAAGGACCAGCUGGUUGAAGCAGACUACUCCACUGAUUUGCAAGCUUCAAGGACAAAUUCCACACCAGUUUGUGGAAUGGAUGAGAGCAUUGAUGCAGACUGUUCCAGUGUACCGCUAACUGAGAACUCUGACAACACAAUCCAAGAAAACCCUAUAUCCUACCAAGAAGAUGAGACAACUGUAAUAUUCAGUAAACCUACAACACAGAAACAGCUCAUUCACUCAUCAGAGACGUGUCUGCAAGAAGCAUAUGAGACUGUUACAAAGGGUGAAUUUGUUGUACAUCAGGAGGAAGUGAAAGAACCUGGUCAUGAAGCAGAAUUCUUUAUACGUCCACCAGAAGAUAAAGCUGUCAGACCCAUUGAAGAUGAUUCACCGGUUUACUGUUACAAGGAUGGAAUACAGUUCUACUCUGAAAAUGGAUAUAUGCUUGAAUCAGAGGAAAGUGUGCGAAGACUGAAUGUUCCAGCAAUAGGCUCGGGUCAUUCAGACGUAUACCACUACAGGACAAAGGAUGAUGACAUAAUAUUUAAGGUGGAUGUCAAAGCUACAUCUUUGCAAACAUCAACUAUCCAUGAGACUGAUGGGAGCGAGUCAAAUGAAGAAGCAGAAAUUGCAAAUUUUCCACAACCUGAGGUAUCGAACACAAUGCAAGAGGUGUGCUGGUACAAGGAAAGUGAGGAACUCCAAGAAUGUGAUGGUAGCACCCAAUCUAAGGAGACUCUCAGAGCUCUUGUUGUCAAAACAGCUGAGCCGUCUCACUCUGGAGAACAUGCUUAUGAGACAGAUGAUGUCACCGUCCAGUUUCCCCAGGACCUACCAGCUCCGCCAGUGACGUUCUCCAGUGUCCCUGAGGCUCAACGGACCAUAUGCAUUGAGUCAGGAAGACCCUUUAAACUGCAAUGCGAAAUCUCAGACCCUGAUGCACAAGUCUGGUGGUACAAAGAUGGGAAUGCGGUGCUUCUUCAAGAUGGCAUUGUUACUAUGUAUGAGGAAGCAAUGAGAACACUCUCUGUGCAAAGUGCUGAAUUAUGUCACAGCGGAACAUACAGCUGCCAGACAAACAAUGACACCAUCUCAUUCCAUGUGGAAAUCAAAGAAGUGGAGAAGAACAAGUCCACUGAAGUACACUCACCAAAUGUUCUGAAAUGUGAUAUAACAGACUCUGCCACUGAGAUGCUCUGGUGCAAAGAUGAUAUAGAUCUGGCCCCAAAACCUGGGCUCAAUUUCCAAAAAGAUGGAAAUAUGAAGAAACUAACUGUCCAAUCAGCAGAAAUGUCUGAUACUGGAAACAACACCUGUCAUGAUCCAGGUGAUACCAUAUCAUUCAAGGUGGAUGUUCAAGCACACCUUGUUAGGUUCUCAGCACUCCCAGAAAUUGCGAGGAACAAGUUUAUCGAAGCAGGCUGUCCCAUUAUACUUCAGUGUGAAAUCUCAGACCGUACUGCCCAAGUUUCCUGGCUCAAAGAUGGAGUUGAACUCCAACAAGACAGUGGAUUUGACAUCCAAUCAGAGGGCACUAUGAGGAAAAUGAUCAUCCAAUCAGCUGAGCUCAAACACUCAGGCGUGUACAGCUGUGAGGCUGUGGAUGAUUGCAUAGCAUUCAAGGUGGAUGUUGCAGCACCUCCUGUAACAUUUGGCUACAUACCAGAAGAUGAUCUGCACAAAAAUAUUUUGGAACAAGACAAUCUACUCCUUUGCUGUCAAGUGUCCAGGUCAGAUGCUAUUGCACAAUGGUACAAGGACGGAGUAGAAUUAAAGCCUUGUGACAACAUCCUCAUAGAAGCAGAAAACACUAUACGAAGACUGAUCAUCCCUUCAGCUCAACUCUCAGAUUCUGGGACAUAUACCUGUCGGGCUGGAAAUAGUGCAUUAACAUUUCAAGUUUAUGUAAGAGAACCCCCAGUGAUGAUUGUAUAUCCCAAGGAAGAUGUCCACCUUGACCGUUAUGUUCCUGAAGAAAUUGUUCUUAGCUGUGAACUUUCACGGCCAAAUGGAAAGGUGACAUGGUUCAAGGAUGGACAGAAACUACAGGAGAGUGAAAACAUAAAGCUAAAGACAGAGGGUCCAUAUAGACGGCUAAAAAUUCUACGCAGUGGUGUUGAGGACUCUGGAGAAUAUGUCUGUGAUGCAGCUGAUGAUUCAAUAUUCUUCAAUCUAAACAUAAAAGAACCCCCAGUGCGCAUAGUUUCUCCAAGCCAGUCCCAAAUGGAACUUUGCCAGCAGACUUCUGAAAGGAUGGUCCUGAGCUGUGAAAUCUCUAGACCAAACGCCACUGUACGUUGGUAUCGAGAUGGACUUGAAGUAGAGGAGAGUGACAGCCUAAUUCUGGAGGUUGAUGGUGUCUAUAGGAGACUUAUUAUCCCAAAACCUACCAUCAAAGACUCUGCAGAAUAUGUCUGUGACACAGCUGAUGACUCAGUGACCUUCUUUGUAAACAUUGCAGAGCCACCAGUUAGAUUUAUUCGGCCAAGGAAAAUGGCCCAUGGAGUAGAGAAACUUGUGGGAGACACUGUGGUUCUGGAGUGUGAAGUGUCUCGACCAAAUGCUGAAGUCACCUGGAAGAAGGAUGGAGACGAGAUAGAGGAGAACAGCAACAUAACUAUCACAGAGGAUGGCACAAGUCGACAUUUAACCAUUCACUCUGCAGCUUUUGAAGACACAGGGCAAUAUGUCUGUGAUGCUAGAGAUGAUGUGAUGGAUUUCCUAGUGAAAAUCAAAGAUACACCACUAAAAAUUCUGCGAAAAGCUGAACUAGAAACAAAGUGCAGAUUUGUAGCAUCUGAUGCUAUUGUGUUAAAAUGUGAGAUCUCAAGAGCAAAUGGAGUGGUCAGUUGGCUUAAAGACAAUGAGAAAAUUGAUGGAAAUGAGCAUUUCAUCUGUGAAGAGGAAGGGACAUUCAGAUCUCUGAUUGUCCCCAGUGCUGAAUUGAAGGACUCAGGGGAGUACAUCUGUGAUGCACAAGAUGAUAAAGUUGUCUUCAGUGUUACUGUAGAAGACGCUCCAGUGUCCAUUAUUGGGAAUUCAGAGAAGCCAGAACACCACAUUUUAAUGACAGGAGAUGAUCUUAUCCUGGAAUGUGAGGUAUCUCGAGAAAAUGCUAUAGUCCAGUGGUACUGCAAUGGAUGUUUGCUACAAGAGGAUGUACGCACACAUAUUGAAAGCAGAGAAACAACGAGGAAGCUUGUGCUAUCAGGACUUCAGACAUCCGACUCUGGAGAGUAUCUCUGUGAUGCCAUUGAUGACAAAAUGAUAACUAGGCUAACAGUUCAAGAACCACCAUUUAAAUUCAUUAAAAAAGAUGAAAGAACAAAUAUUUCAGCCUAUGAAGAAGACAGUGUGACACUGCGUGCCACUGUUAAUAGGGUCAGUGCCCCAGUGAAAUGGCAGAGAGGCCAUGAUCCAAUCAGAAGUGAUCGUUUCCACACAACAAGUGAUGGUAACACCCACUACCUCACUAUUAACCCACUUAAGAGAUGUGAUACUGGAGAGUAUACAUGUCAUGUGGGAUCUGACGAGAUGCAUUUCAUUGUCCAUGUUAAAGCAAUGAAGGUAAAAUUCUCCAAAGCACUAGAAAAUGUAGUGGGACUCAAAGGUAGUGAUGUGGUUUUAAAAUGUGAACUGUACAAGUCCAAAGGAGAUGUUCAGUGGCUCAAAGGCAGCCAAGAGAUUACCCCAAACAGACACUUUACAAUCAGAGCUGGGGGUCGAGUGAGAAGCCUGACAAUACAUGAUGUAACAGAAGAUGAUGCAGGAGAGUAUGCUUGUGAAUCCAAAGAUGAAAGGACAUCAGCUACUGUGGUGGUCAAUAUUCCUCGCAUUGUGGAGUUUAUCGCAGAGCUACACAACAUAACUGUCAUGGAAGGAGAAGAUGCAACAUUUAAGUGUAUGGUAUCUCCAGAGGAUGCAAAGCUAGCCUGGUUUAGGAAUGCCCAGCCAAUUUCAUCAAAUGAGAAGUUCAGCAUCUCAAGUAAUGGAUUAUGCCAUGUGCUGCAUAUCACCAACUGCCAAGUCUCAGAUAGCUGCAAGUUGACAGCCGAGGCUGAAGGUGUGAUUUCCAGAGCUACCCUUCAGGUCCAAGAGGCACAGGUGCUUUUCACAAAGAGCUUGUGCCCGGUAGUUGCAGAGGAGUUUGGUGAAGCAACACUUGAGGUGGAGGUCAGCCAUGAAACUGCAGAGGUACAGUGGAUGAGACAAGGAGUGGUAAUACAUCCAGGGUCCAAAUUCAUCCUGAAGCAGAAUGGCAAAACACGUUCUCUCACAAUCCAUAAACUGACACUUUCAGACCAGGGCACCUACAGCUGUGAAACGCUCCAUGACCGUACACAAGCCAAGCUCGCUGUGGAACCACGAAAAAUCAAGAUUUGGAAAGGUCUAACUCAGAUCCAGACUUAUGAAAGAGAGACGGCUUCGUUUGAGGUGGAGCUGUCACAUAGCAAUGUGGAGGGUGUAUGGCAGAAGGAUGGGCACAUUCUCAAAAACAACAACCGUUUGCGUAUGACUGCGAAAGGACGAGUACACAGCCUAACCAUCUCUAACCUGACCUUGGAUGACACUGGAUCCUACAUAUUCUCUGUUGACACCAUCAGAUCAUUAGCAAGAUUGGACGUUAAAGAAAUUCCUGUAUCAAUUCUGAAAAAGCUUGAGGAUAUCAGGCAACCAGAGGGAUCUGGUAUAACCCUUGAAUGUGAGCUCUCACGGCACAACGUGGACAUAAAGUGGACAAAGAAUGAUGUUCAUCUUAAACCAGGAAAAAAUCAUCGUAUUUAUUCGAUGGGAAGAAAGUGUUUUCUACAGAUACUGAAGUGUGAACUGGGAGACUCUGGUUUAUAUGUGUGUGAUGCUGGAGAUGCCACAACAUCCUGUACAGUGGAUAUCUAUGAGAGGGAGCUUGAGAUACUACAAAGCUUAGAGGAUCUGGAUAUUCAAGAAGGUCAGAAUGCAGUGUUCGUGUGUGAAGUUUCCCUGGAUGAUGUGCCCGGAGAGUGGUUUAAGAAUGGCGAGAAGAUAAAACCAACCAGCACCAUUAAGAUCCGUCAGGAAGGGACAAAGCACUUCCUCCUCAUAUGCAAUGUCAAAGAAGACGAUUCUGGACAAAUGAAGUUCGUUGCCAAGAAUCUUGAGACAACAGCUUACCUCGAAGUGGAGGCACUACCAGCAAACAUUGUGAAACCACUUCAGGAGAUAACUGCUCUGGAAAACACCCGUGUCAUACUGGACUGCACUUUGACAAACCCCCGUUGUAGCAUUCGCUGGUAUAAGGGCCCAAAUGUCAUCCUGCCCUCAGAACACUUUGAGAUCUGCAGUGAAGGAUGUUAUCGAAAACUUGUGAUUCAGCAGGUGUUGCUGGAAGAUGAGGGCACCUACAGUGUUCAAGUUGGAAACUACACAUCUUCAGCAAAACUAACCGUUGAAGCUCAAUCGGUCCUGAUGGUGCGAGAGCUGCAGGAUGUGGAUGUAAUAGCUCCUGCAGACGCAUGCUUUGAAUGUGAAGUUUCUGCGCCAGUGGCCAAGGCACCUACCUGGACGCUGAAUGGGGAGACACUGCAUCCUGGUCCUAAAGUUGUGGUAGAGAAAAUGGGAACCGUUCAUAAGCUCAUUCUCAAACAAACAUCUGAAGACAUGGGCGGCACUGUGUGCUUUAUUACUGGGAGAGCUAAAAGCACUGCACAUCUGCAGGUCAAAGGUAACCAGUGAGAAACAACACAUAAGCACUUACAGUGCAUAAUAAUCACCUACGCCACUAUUUAAAUACAAUAACACCAAAUGAAAUGAUGAAACUAUUAACUCUUUUGAUGUGUCUGAAAGUGAGAGCGCUAUCAUUAAUUUAUUUGAAAUCGAAAUGUAAAAUCUUUAGUGUCAUGUUUUACACAUUAUAUCCCACUUUACAUGGUUUACCAUCCAUAAGAUAAUAAUAGUUCAGUUUUUCUAAAUUUAUAAUCAAAUACAUUUUGCUUUAUAAAAAAAAUACACAAAAUGAAUAACACCAGGCCAGAUAUCCUUAUGACUUAAGUUUCUUGCACAGUAAUUUGGUAUUUAAUUUUUGAAAUUUGUGUAUACUGUAUAUCCUUGUAUAGAUAUUCUUUGUGUAGUUUAUUUUUAAUUAUUAUUAUUAUUUUGUGGGAUGCAGAUUAAAGUGAGGUUAAGGCAUGUAAUACAAUUGUGCAGGGCCAAAGAUGAUCAAAAGAGCGUUUGGGACAGAAAUGGACUUUUACAAAGGAAGGGAAACAUUUACAUAUAAAUGUAAAUGGUUUUGAGAGUUUUAAUUGUUUGCUUCUGUUGUAAGAAAAGGUGUUACAGUUCAUGCCUUUUUACUUAAGUAUCCAAAUAAAGUGCCUCAGUUUCCUCUU